CCCCUCAUGAACAGUAGCAUCGUCGAGAUCUGAGGGCUUGCGCCGUUUCAGAGAUGAAAUCUUCGAUUCGUCCAGGGCCGGGGGAGGGCCCUGUUUCUUCAUCCGUCGUCCCACACCCAUUUUCAACUAGGGAUUGGUUUCUUUGGGCUGAAAGGGGAGUAGUAAAUGGCUAAGAGCUUGGAGCUAGAUUGGAAGGUGAUGGUGAACGAUCCACCGCUCCUUUUUGCAUAUCUUUUAUAUCUUUUUCCUUUUUUUUUCUGAUCCGGCAAAAUUAAAUUUCAAGGCGCCGGAAAAACCGACCGGCGAAAUAUGCCGUAUUUGGAUAGACAUCCCAACCCAUUGAUUGAUAAGGCUUAACUACAUACAAUAUUCAAUAGCACAUUGCAAUACUCCUCCUGUACGUUGCCUCUGAUUUUGUUCGCACGGUCGCUUUCUAAACUGAAGCUGAGACACACAUUAUUACUUGAGCUGGCCCUUUCGUGCCAACCAACCCUCCACUGAUAGGCCAGCAACUACGCUUGGGAGGGCCCAUAGUAAAAUACCGCACAUCAUGGCAGAGCUUACUUUUACCAAAUCGUUCCUCGCGGCACUCGAUACGCGGCCCGUGAAGCUUCCUGGUGAUUAUGUCUUCGACCCCAGCAGCUUCUCGGCUCCACACCCGUACACCCUGCCCCGCCUCUCUGAUUUCCACCCCCCGAUGCCCAAGAAAAGAAAACAAACGGCGACUCCAGGGUCAUCAAAGUCAAUAACCAUUCACUUGAAGUCAGCCAGAAAUCCGACUCUACAUGUGACGCUGGAUAAUUGCGCCAUAUCUUCAACUACAGUCAAGGAACUUCGGGAAACCGUCCAAGAGAGGGUCCAGACGGCAGACAGUGAGAAGAAGCCUAGCCGUGUGCCUCUGGAUAAGAUAAAGAUAUUAUGGAAGAAGAAGCCUGUGCAAGGACAGACAAUAGCGGAUAUUCUAGGAAGCGAUUCUACCGCACUCUCGGGGGGAAAGGAGAUCGAGCUGGGUGUCAUGAUUCUCGGUGGAGCUACACUUGCCCCUGUAACUCCCAAGGCGGAGGAAAAUGUCCUCUUGAAAGAACCGUCCGAAUCACUUCCUGCUCAGGGUCCGGUGGAAAACCACCCAAGUACCGCGCAGGAUGUUCUGUCGACUGAGGAGUUCUGGGACGAUCUAGAGUCCUUUAUGACGUCUAAAGUGAAGGACCCGGCUCAGGCAUCGCAGAUUAAAUCCAUGUUUAGAAAAGCGUGGACUUCCUCCCAGUAGCUUAUGUCUAUAAAAUAUUUAGUUCGCCUUGGUGCGAAUGUAUUAGCUUUUGUUUACUGUGAGAUCCCGAUCUCGUUACGGCUGGUAUGGUUAUGACGUAGAACGCAUGUGGAGCAUUUCACAUUCAUAUAUAUGUAUAUAUUAAUUACUUCGCUCCGAGAGGAAAGCAACGAUGGUGUGAUUUGAAGUGCCUUUGAGCGGUGGCGGGAAUACAAAUAGAAAAUAUGUUAAUACACAGAAGAUAACAACAGAAUAUAAAGUUUCGCUUACCCUGUCAUCAAAUAUACAAUCGCAUAAAAAGAAAGAAAAAG